UUAUUAAUAUUCCAACAUUAUAAGACGCUAUAUAAUUACGAAUAGCAGGCGGUUCGUGUUCGAACGUUCCUUGUUCAGCGCACCGUAGUCCACUGGUCCGCAUCCGGCGACGGUUACGAACAUAUCGAACAAGGAAUCAAGGAAAUCAAAAGAAGCAUAAAGAAAUGUUCGUGUCAAGUGGACAAGUAUCGUGUUACUAAAGUUUUGAGCAAAAUACGCGAUAGGAUUGUUGUCAACGAACGAUGGAGGCUGGUGCGAGUACAGGUACUCGUACAACGCGAUUUAUGAUGGAAGGUGUCGGCGCCCGAGUGAUUCGUGGACCGGAGUGGAAAUGGGGAAAACAGGAUGGUGGAGAAGGUCAUGUGGGUACUGUCAGAAACUUUGAAUCUCCAGAAGAAGUUGUGGUUGUAUGGGAUAAUGGUACAGCAGCUAAUUAUCGUUGCUCUGGAGCGUUUGAUUUGCGUAUACUAGAUUCAGCACCAACUGGUGUAAAGCACGAUGGAACAAUGUGUGAUACCUGUCGCCAACAACCAAUUUUUGGAAUUCGAUGGAAGUGUGCUGAAUGUGGCAAUUAUGACCUUUGCUCUAUCUGUUACCACGGAGAUAAGCAUCACUUGAGGCAUAGAUUUUUUCGCAUUGCCACUCCAGGAAGCGAAAGAGUUUUGCUGGAGCCUAGAAGAAAAAGCAAAAAGAUCGCAAUUCGUGGUAUAUUUCCUGGUGCAAGAGUUGUGCGCGGUGUAGAUUGGCAAUGGGAAGAUCAAGAUGGUGGAAAUGGUCGACGGGGUAAAGUUAAUGAAGUGCAAGACUGGUCUGCAGCUAGUCCACGCUCAGCAGCUUAUGUUAUUUGGGAUAAUGGUGCCAAGAAUUUGUAUAGAGUUGGAUUUGAAGGCAUGGCGGAUUUAAAAGUUGUCAACGAUGCAAAAGGACAAACGGUAUACAGAGAUCAUUUGCCAUUACUGGGUGAACAAGGCCCAGGCCGAACAGGACCUCAUGGUCUUCAAAUUGGUGAUCAGGUUAAUGUUGAUUUGGAAUUGGAAAUUGUACAAUCAUUGCAACAUGGCCAUGGAGGUUGGACAGAUGGAAUGUUUGAAUGUCUCGGAACUACAGGAACAGUUGUUGGUAUUGAUGAAGAUCAUGAUAUCGUUGUGUCUUAUCCAAGCGGCAACAGAUGGACAUUCAAUCCAGCUGUACUUACUAAAGUACAGAUACCUGUACCUGUUACCAGUUCAAGUUCUGACAAUCAGACAUUUGCAGUUGGGGAUUUAGUUCAAAUAUGUAAUGAUAUAGAAAAGAUCAAAUUACUCCAACGUGGUCAUGGGGAAUGGGCUGAAGCAAUGGCUCCAACUUUGGGGAAAAUAGGACGUGUACAACAAAUAUAUCAUGAUGGAGAUUUAAAAGUGGAAGUCUGUAGUACAUCAUGGACAUACAACCCCCAAGCUGUCACGAAAGUUGCUAGUAGUGACGGAAGUGUGCAAGGAAAUAGUAGUGGAGAGCGGUUAUCGGCGCUAUUAAAGAAAUUGUUUGAAACGCACGUCUCGGGUGACGUUAAUGAAGAAUUAGUAAAAACUGCAGCGAAUGGUGACGCUGCUAAAUGCGAAGAAUGUUUGAAACGGCCAGAAGCUGAUGUAAACGGUGUAUUUGCUGGUCACACCGCUUUACAAGCCGCAAGUCAAAACGGCCAUUUAGAAGUUAUCAAAAUACUCCUUCGGUAUAAAGCAGAUGUAGAGAUAGAGGAUAAAGAUGGUGAUAGAGCCGUCCAUCAUGCUGCCUUUGGCGACGAGCCGGGAGUUAUGGCUCUCCUCGCUGGUGCCGGCGCCGAUCUAAACGCUCGAAAUAAAAGACGUCAGACCGCUCUUCAUAUUGCAGUAAAUAAAGGACAUGCUGGCGUAGUGCGAACUUUGUUGGAAUUAGGAUGCCAUCCGAGUUUACAGGACUCGGAAGGCGACACACCCCUUCACGACGCGAUCUCUAAGAAACGGGAUGACAUGUUGGCUCUGUUGUUGGACCAUGCCGCAGACAUCACCCUCACCAACAACAAUGGCUUCAACGCUCUGCACCACGCUGCUCUUCGUGGCAACCCAAGUGCGAUGCGCGUGCUGCUGUCCAAGUUGCCACGACCUUGGAUCGUCGACGAGAAGAAGGACGAUGGUUACACGGCCCUUCAUCUGGCAGCUCUAAACAAUCAUGUGGAGGUCGCCGAGCAGCUGGCACGCGCCGGGAAAGCCGACCUGGACUUGCAGAAUGUCAACCUGCAGACCGCGCUGCAUCUCGCAGUCGAGCGACAACAUACACAGAUCGUUCGGUUGUUGGUUCGCGAGGGUGCGAAUCUGAACGUCGCCGAUAAGGACGGGGACACACCUCUGCACGAGGCUCUGCGUCAUCACACGUUGUCACAAUUGCGGCAGCUGCAGGACGUGCAGGACGUCGGGCGGCUGCUGAUGGGUCUAGGCACUCAGGGCCAGGACAAGAAGAGCAGCUCCUUCAUCGCCUGCUUCCUGGCGGCCCACGGAGCCGAUUUGGAGCUGAAGAACAAGAAGGGCCAGACACCUUUGGAUCUUUGUCCAGAUCCGAAUCUCUGCAAGACCCUUACCACCUGCCACAAAGACAAGGAAUCGCAUGACAUCGAGACCGUCGUACCGUCAGCGGCGAUCGACGAGUGUCUCGUGUGCUCGGAUGGCAAACGGGAAAUGUUGUUUAGCCCUUGCGGACACGUGGCUUGUUGCAACGCAUGUGCGCCGAGAGUAAAAAAAUGUCUCAUCUGCCGAGAAAACGUCCUUUUACGUGUGAAGAUCGAAGAAUGCGUGGUGUGUUCGGAUCGCAAGGCAGGCGUGUUGUUCCGUCCGUGCGGACACAUGUGCGCCUGCGAGAGCUGCGCAGCCCUGAUGAAGAAGUGCGUGCAAUGUCGGGCCCAGAUACAGCACAUGGUGCCGCUGUCGAUCUGCUGCGGCGGUGGAGGCGAUGUCACUUACGUGAAGGGAUGCAACGCAGGGACGAUAUCCGAUAUAAAAGCAGACCCCGAGGAGGAACCGGUACCGUCGAACACCGGAGUUGGGGAAGCUCUUCUAAUGAACAACGGCAGUCGAGAUACUUCCCACAGCGACAUACAAAAACUCCAGCAGCAAUUGCAGGACAUCAAGGAGCAGACUAUGUGUCCAGUUUGUUUGGAUCGUCUGAAAAAUAUGAUCUUUCUGUGCGGACACGGUACCUGCCAAAUGUGCGGCGACCGGAUGUCGGAGUGUCCAAUAUGUCGCAAGGCGGUCGACAAGCGCAUUCUGCUCUACUAAAAAUAAAGGAUCACCGGGCGCGCUGCAUUUUUCCGCCGGUGAUUAUGAAAGAAAGAGAGAGAAGACGAAUUAAACCCACCACCACAUUUCGCAGUUACGAGAAGAAGAGAGGCCGUCGUUUCUUCAUACCACAUUUAUUUCUGACAACGACAUUUUGAUAAGUCGGUUUGCGCGAGACACGAUAAACAUCACACUCGGAGUAUAACAGAAUAUUGAUUAUAAAUAUUGAUUAUAGAAUCAAUAAUUAUCAUUAAGCUGCGAUGGUCCGUAAAAUGGUGAAACAUAUGAUGGCUGAAGCUGAUAGCGAAUGACGAUUAGUCGCGUCAAACGCGCGAAGUACGCACAAUUAUUAUUUAAUAUUUGCAUUUGUAGCAGAGAGAAACUUGUUUUACACGACGGAUCAUACAUAAUACGCUGUUGAAGUUGCGUCGCGUAUGAUGCAACUAUAACGCGCGAAUGCAACGUACUUAAAUCUGAACCUCCUAUGAAGAUUUUAUUUAUCGUUCAUGAGAGCGCAUCGUUGUCUUUCCGCGUAAUUAAAGAGUGAAAAAAGCUUAUAUCCCGUCACUCACACUAAGCAUUAAGAAAUUCUUCCAUAUAUUUAUUAUUGAUAUAUGUAAAAAUCCCUCUACACACAUAUUUAUCUUGAAUCAUUUCCACAAUUGCUAGGCCAAGAUCGAUAGGUGGUGAUAUCGCAUUUGUGUGUAGCUUUAUAUAUUUUAUAACGUUGAAAUAAAAUAUAUUGUUUGCUAAACACUAGAACCUGCUAACAUACAAUGUUACUUGUUAUCGCGUAGUCGGCAGGAAUGUUUUCAGUAACAUCGCUACCGAUUCGAUUGUAUACUCUGUUGUUAUUAUAUACGGAUCAUAAAAUAGUAAAAAAUUAUCUCAGUUCCCUCUUUCUAUAUAAAUUUUACAUGUUUGUUGUAUAUACUUCAUGUAAUAACACUUUCGCUAUUACAUAUAUUACUUUCGAGUAUGAAUAAGUGAUGAUAUUAUAUUCGAUCUGAUUUGUACAAUUUGUAUCUUCUUUAAUUCAAAUAUUUAUAUAUUGUUAUAUAUUACCUUUCGAUUGACUCAAAAAUCGUUUACAUCGAGACAUGUAACAGCCGUAUUGGGACGGGAAUUCGUGAACGAAAGAUAUGAGAGGAACAGAAAGUAAAUUUAUUAAACAGAAUUAUUCAUACUCGCAAAUCAUUCCUGUUUUGAUAGUAUUUCUAUUGACUUCACUAUUUUCCUUAAAUUUUUUUAUUAGAGUGAGCGCGUUCCAGUACGCGCGUAUGAUACAAAUAAUAUCGUAUGAUAUUACAAAACAAUGUGACAAUUAUCGUCUCAUAGAACGAAAGUUAUAUCAUUACAUAUUACCUUUACUGUAUUCUACCCCCGAUAAUUCAAUAAACAAAUUUUAUAAACUU